CUUCAAGUUGGCGAGUCUGUAUAGAGAUGCUGUUCUACAAUCGCAGAAUAUACUACACAUGACAAGAUAUUAAAACCUCAAAACAAGCACGUUCUCCAGCGCUGUGAGAGUGACCUGACAGCGGCGAUGCCGCGCAUCGAACAAAAGUAGAUCCCACAGAAUUUCCCCUGGACGGUUUCUGUUUGAAGAUACUUUCUUUCAAUACUUCAAUACUGUCGCUGGCAGUACAAUCGACAUGUAUCAUUUUGUCACGCUCGAUGCCGACGGGCUGGCCCAGCGUCGACAGCUUCUCGACCUAUACGCUACCAUUGCCCAAUGGUCCGCCAUCAUCCCGCUGAUCGUCGUUCAAACCGUCUUACUAGUGAAAUUUAUCAAUCGCAAGUACCACACUGGCAAGCCGCCGCGAUAUGCUGCUGUCGCGCAGUCGCAAAGCGGGACUCUAUCGUCCGAGCCGUCGUCCCAGAAGGACGAUGGCGUAUCUAGAUCGAACAGCCAAAGAAUGUCCGUCGCUGGGAGCUGGAACAACUUCGUGUGGUGGAGCAGUGAAGAGGUAGCAUGGGUAGGGAGCUCUCGCGGCGCGCUGCUAGCAGCAGCGUGUUGGGCUGUCUGGCUACUCAUCCUAAGUUUUGCACAGACCGGAGAUGAUUAUCUUCACCUCACCAAACGCCUUGGGAUUGUCGCGGCAUCACAAAUGCCGCUGCACUAUCUACUUCCAUUGAAGACUCCAUAUUCGCCUCUCCAGCUCUUGACACAAACCUCAUAUGAGACUUUAUUGACACUUCACCAACUACUUGGCCGAAUCAUCAUCCUCUUCUUUGCCGCACAUGUAGCACUCUACACAAAUUUCUUCGUACUUUCUUCACUCCUUGCCACAAAGUUGACACAGACUUACAUCCUCACCGGCUAUGCAGCCUUCGUCAGCUUUGCAGUCCUGGGCACGACUGCACUUGGCUGGGUUCGACAUAGAAACUACCGUCUUUUCUACAUUCUUCACGUCACCCUCGCAUUUUUGGGGUUUCCUGCUUUGUGGAUUCAUGUCCAUCACAUCCGGAUCUAUCUCUACCAGAGCCUGGCUGUGUAUAUGGCCAACCAGGUACUGCGUGCUCUGGCUACACAACGAGUCUCCGCUCGUAUUACACCAGUACCAGGCUCGGACAAACUCGUCGAUAUUGCCAUUCCAUCCGCUGGUGCACGCUUCACGUCUUGGCGUCCGGGAAAUUAUGGCUAUGUCUCAACGAAACCAGGUCGAUUCAUACUUCCGUGGGCACGCAGCAAUCCCUUCACAUUGGCUCGGAUACCGACCGCUGCGAAAGCAGGGCCCGCUGCACGUACGAAGAGGCAAGCUGCAGAGCAGGUCGAGCUGAAAUUCGUCGCACGGAUCCUUGGUGGCCAAACAAGGGCGCUGAGUGCCUUGCGACCAGACAUCGAGCACCUCAUCCAUCUGGAAGGACCUUAUGGCGACAUGCUACAUGGGGAUCGGCUACUGCAGUAUGACCGUGUGCUGUUCGUGGCUGGGGGGAUUGGAGGGACAUUCUGUUCACCGCUCUAUGAGCAACUUCUGGGGGAGUUGAGUCCAAGCAAAGGCAGCCGCCGCCGACAGCAGGUGACUUUCUUAUGGGUUGCUCGGCGAGCGGAAGAUCUUUCAUGGGCUCUUCCACACGAGAGACGUCGUCUGGAAGGAUUCGCCGAGCGUCUGGUCGUCCACAUCACAGGCUCAAGCAGUGGCGACAGUCGCGAUGAGUGUAUUGACAAGACGAUUGAGAGCAAGAAGCGCAAGAUUCGGACCAGUACUUCAAACAACAACAAUCUCCGAGAAGGUAGCGAUGCCAUUGAACUAGAGGAACGCAAGAUUCUCCUAAAUGCCGAGGAGCUCGCGACUGGAUCUGAUGUCCGGAGCACCACCAUCCAGAAGGAGAGAUUUGCGGCGUUGACCUUACGUACUGGUCGCCCAAAUCUCAGUCAAGCAGUCGAUCAAAUAUUUGCCCCUAACGAGAGUCAUGAGCUGCCACAACGUGUCGCGGUUGUCGUCUGUGGGCCGAAAAGCCUCUGCCAGGGUUUGAGACGUGAAGUCGGGCGAUACGCAGACGGAGGAAGAGAGAUUUGGUUUUGGAACGAGAAGUUUGGCAACUAACGAAUUUAUACUCAUAAUUUGUGCUGUAGAAUUACCUAUGAGAGCUAGAUAUCCCUACGAACCAAGUUGUGCAAAUCAAUUUCUUCUAUCAG